AUGCUCAAAUUAGGGAGACUUAACUGUGUUAAGUUGAAUAUCAACUCACGAUUAAGAUACUCAACGAGCCCCCAAGUGGCUAAAAAGGUCAUUGGUAUCGAUUUGGGCACUACGAAUAGUGCUGUUGCAUAUAUCCGCGAUUCCAACGAUAAGAAAUCGGCUACAAUUAUAGAGAAUGAUGAAGGACAACGAACGACACCAUCAAUAGUUGCCUUUGAUGUUAAAAGUUCACCACAGAAUAAAGACCAAAUGAAAACUCUUGUGGGGAUGGCAGCUAAAAGGCAAAAUGCUAUUAAUGCUGAAAACACUUUCUUUGCCACGAAAAGGCUUAUUGGCCGUGCAUUUAAUGACAAGGAAGUCCAACGAGAUAUGGCUGUUAUGCCAUACAAGAUUGUCAAGUGCGAGUCCAAUGGACAAGCAUACCUCAGUACAUCCAAUGGUCUCGUUCAAUCACCAAGCCAAAUAGGAUCUAUAUUGCUACAAUAUUUGAAACAAGUUUCAGAAGAAUACCUGGGCGAAAAGGUAAACCUGGCAGUUAUCACAGUUCCAGCAUAUUUUAACGAUUCUCAAAGGCAAGCUACGAAAGACGCAGGCAAAUUGGCUGGGCUGAAUGUUUUGAGAGUUAUAAACGAACCGACUGCAGCCGCAUUAAGUUUCGGAAUUGAUGAUAAGAGGAAUAAUGGGUUAAUUGCGGUUUACGAUUUGGGCGGUGGUACAUUUGAUAUAUCAAUCUUGGACAUUGAAGAUGGCGUGUUUGAGGUUCGUGCUACUAAUGGUGAUACGCAUUUGGGUGGCGAAGAUUUUGACAAUGUUAUUGUAAACCAUAUCAUAGAUACCUUUAUUAUUGAAAACCCUGAAAUUACACGGGAAUUAAUCACGAAGAACAGGGAGACAAUGCAGAGGUUGAAAGAUGUAUCUGAAAGAGCUAAGAUAGAUUUAUCACAUGUAAAAGAAACCGUUAUCGAACUUCCAUUCGUAUAUAAGAGCAAACAUUUACGAGUGUCAAUGACAGAGGAAGAGCUGGAUAAUAUGACUUUGUCAUUAAUCAACAGGACUAUCCCACCUGUGAAACAAGCUUUAAAGGAUGCCGAUAUUGAACCAGAAAAUAUAGAUGAGGUGAUUCUUGUUGGUGGUAUGACUCGUAUGCCUAAAAUUAGAUCUGUUGUAAAGGAUCUUUUCGGCAGGUCUCCAAAUUCCAGUGUUAACCCUGACGAAACGGUUGCUCUAGGGGCAGCUAUACAAGGCGGUGUUCUAUCUGGUGAAAUAAAGAAUGUCUUACUUUUGGAUGUGACUCCAUUGACGUUAGGGAUUGAAACAUUUGGGGGAGCGUUUUCGCCCUUGAUACCUAGAAAUACGACAGUUCCAGUGAAAAAAACUGAGAUAUUUAGUACGGGUGUUGAUGGACAGACGGGCGUUGAUAUCAAAGUUUUUCAGGGUGAAAGAGGAUUAGUACGUAACAACAAGUUGAUCGGUGACUUGAAACUUACAGGAAUCACACCUUUGCCUAAAGGUAUUCCCCAAAUAUAUGUGACGUUCGAUAUUGAUGCGGAUGGUAUCAUUAAUGUAUCUGCUGCCGAGAAAAGUAGUGGGAAAGAACAAUCCAUUACUGUCAUACCAAAUUCUGGAUUAAGCGAACAGGAAAUUGCAAAACUAAUUGAAGAAGCAAAUUCCAAUAGGGCUCAAGAUAACGCGAUUAGACAAAGACUAGAACUUAUCUCUAAAGCUGACAUUAUGAUAAGCGAUACUGAGAAUUUAUUUAAAAGAUAUGAAAAUCUUAUUUCUAGUGAAAAAGAGUUUCCCAAGAUUGUAGAAGACAUCAAGGCUCUGAGACAAGCUAUAAAGGAUUUCAAGGCUAACGAAAAUGAUAUGUCAAUUGAUGUUAACGAAAUAAAAAAAGCUACAGAUGCAUUACAGGGGAGGGCGUUAAAGUUAUUCCAAAGUGCGACAAAGAAUCAGCAGAAACAAGGUAAAUAA